AUGAAAGUUAUCGGCACACCCCCUCCUACCAUCAUCGUUUGCUCCGAACCUUUUCUUUUUCUCUCCUUUCAUCGUCGUUGCUACCCUGUGAGCAACGACCCAACACUUUCGAUGCUAAGGUACGUGACCGCUUUGGAACGAACAUCCAUUCAAAGUUUCUUUGGACGCCCUCCGCAUUUAUUUCAACCGUCAUCUCAGCAGCUACGGCCAACAGAAACUCCUGACAAGCUGAAAUUUCGCAAGCAAAGCUUUCGACCAAAUGCUCAAGGAUGGAACUGUCCGUCCAUCGGACAACCCCCCCCUACGCGUGCCCCACUGCAUCUUGCGGCUAAGCCCGGAGUGAACAUUCUUUCACCCUCUCUUUCUCUCAUCUCGCUCGCUACACAUAGUCCUACCUUUCCCUCUCACAUUCCCAGUUCCUUUUUUCUCUUUUCUUCCGCAGCUUUACGGACAGUUUCAUUUUUAAAGGACCGGUACCCCGUUCCCCACCUGCAAGAUUUCACAUCCGGCCUACAAGACGCGAAAAUUUUCUCGAAAAUAGACUUAAAAAAAGCGUACCAAGUUUGGAACGAACAUCCAUUCAGUUUCUUUGGACGGUUGGCAUUUUGCCGCCAGUCAAACGGCCACGUGACUCAUCGGAUACCCGCCAAAAAGUAUCCACAAGUGAGAGACGACCUACGGGCAUCGAGUCGGGAAGACGUAUUUUUACAUCUCUCUCUCUCUCUUUCUCCUCUCUCUUUUUUUUUCUUCCCCUCUCUCUUUUAA